GGGCUGGACGUGGCGGCCCCUCCUCCUCCUCCUCGUCGUCCUCGUCCUCGUAGUCGGCCGGAGCGGAGCGGAACUGCGGGCCGCACCAGGUGAAGCGGGUCACAUAACUGCCGGCCGCUGAUGACUCAGCCGCCCCGCCGUCGGCCUUGAGCUCCGCGGCCUUGGUGGGCCUGCUGCGGGACAGUUUGGUGCGGACCACUGGCCGUGUCCCGAGGGGGCCGCGGAAACUGCUCGCCGUCGGUAGGGAGGGCGACUCUGCUGCUCUUGCGACUGCCUUGUUCCCUGCGGGACUUUCAGGUUGUCACGUCCUCAGCAAGGUUUGCACAUGAAAGUGUCCCUAGGUAACGGCGACAUGGGCGUCUCUGCCCACUUGCAGCCUUGCAAGGCGGGAACGACGCGGUUUUUUACCAGCAAUACUCACAGUUCUGUGGUAUUGCUGGGCUUUGAUCAGCUUAGAAUAGAAGGAUUGCUUUGUGACGUAACCCUGGUGCCAGGGGAUGGAGAUGAAAUCUUCCCUGUUCACAGAGCUAUGAUGGCGUCUGCUAGUGAUUAUUUCAAGGCCAUGUUCACAGGUGGCAUGAAAGAACAAGAUUUAAUGUGCAUUAAGCUUCAUGGAGUGAACAAGAUUGGCCUGAAGAAAAUCAUUGAUUUUAUUUAUACUGCAAAACUUUCUCUUAAUAUGGACAACCUUCAGGACACACUUGAAGCUGCCAGUUUUCUACAAAUUUUACCUGUUUUGGACUUCUGCAAAGUAUUUCUUAUAUCAGGAGUCUCUUUGGAUAAUUGUGUUGAGGUUGGGAGAAUUGCUAACACCUACAAUCUUAUAGAAGUGGAUAAAUAUGUCAAUAAUUUCAUUCUGAAGAACUUUCCUGCUCUGUUGAGUACUGGGGAAUUUCUAAAACUCCCCUUUGAACGGCUCGCCUUUGUGCUUUCCAGUAACAGUCUCAAGCACUGUACUGAACUUGAACUCUUCAAGGCAGCCUGUCGCUGGCUUAGGUUGGAAGACCCUCGGAUGGAUUAUGCUGCAAAAUUAAUGAAGAAUAUUCGAUUUCCAUUGAUGUCACCACAGGACCUCAUAAAUUAUGUGCAGACAGUAGAUUUCAUGAGAACAGACAAUACCUGUGUGAAUUUACUUUUGGAAGCUAGCAAUUACCAAAUGAUGCCAUAUAUGCAGCCAGUGAUGCAGUCAGACAGAACUGCCAUUCGAUCUGACUCUACUCACUUGGUUACAUUAGGAGGCGUUUUGAGGCAGCAGCUGGUUGUCAGUAAAGAAUUACGUAUGUAUGAUGAGAGGGCACAAGAGUGGAAAUCUUUAGCCCCCAUGGAUGCUCCUCGAUACCAACAUGGCAUUGCCGUUAUUGGAAAUUUUCUUUAUGUAGUUGGUGGCCAGAGCAAUUAUGACACAAAAGGAAAAACUGCUGUUGAUACAGUUUUCAGAUUUGACCCUCGGUAUAAUAAAUGGAUGCAAGUUGCAUCAUUAAAUGAAAAGCGUACAUUCUUCCACUUGAGUGCCCUCAAAGGACAUUUGUAUGCAGUUGGUGGGCGCAGUGCAGCUGGUGAGCUUGCCACAGUAGAAUGUUACAACCCAAGAAUGAAUGAAUGGAGCUAUGUUGCAAAAAUGAGUGAGCCCCACUAUGGUCAUGCUGGAACAGUAUAUGGGGGCUUAAUGUAUAUUUCUGGAGGGAUUACCCAUGACACUUUCCAAAAUGAACUCAUGUGUUUUGACCCUGAUACAGACAAAUGGACCCAGAAGGCUCCCAUGACUACAGUCAGAGGUCUGCAUUGCAUGUGCACAGUGGGAGACAAGCUGUAUGUCAUUGGCGGCAACCACUUCAGAGGAACAAGUGAUUAUGAUGAUGUUCUGAGCUGUGAAUACUAUUCGCCAACCCUUGACCAGUGGACACCAAUUGCCGCUAUGUUAAGGGGUCAAAGUGAUGUUGGAGUAGCUGUCUUUGAAAACAAAAUCUAUGUUGUUGGUGGGUAUUCUUGGAAUAACCGUUGCAUGGUAGAAAUUGUCCAGAAAUAUGACCCAGAAAAAGAUGAGUGGCAUAAAGUUUUUGAUCUUCCCGAGUCACUUGGUGGCAUUCGAGCUUGCACUCUCACAGUUUUUCCACCUGAGGAAAACCCUGGGUCACCUUCUAGAGAAUCACCUCUUUCGGCACCUUCAGAUCAUUCUUAGGUCCGAUAGGUGACUUUACAGUGUGUCAUGGAUGAGCUCAUACUCCUUUAUAAUUGUCUCUUUGGUGAUUGCCACAGUUAUUAGACAAAAGGUAACUUAGAUUAUUUGUCUUGCUUGUCUUAGUAUGUUUAUCAAAUGGUUAACAAGUGCAAUCUGAAAAUGUAUUCAAUGUACUCAGUUUUAACAAAUGAAAAAGAUGUAGAAAAUUAGAUGUCUUUUUGUGGUGUUACAUAUACAUAUAUGUUAAAUUGUAGGUGACGAUAGCAAGUGUAUAAUUAUGUCUUCAAAGUCAAAGGUUUAAUCUGACCAAAAGACAUCAAAGGGAGGCCACCUGCUCUAAUUUAACAUGAUAAAAGGUUGCCAAGUAUUAUCACCUACCUCCCUCUUUGCAUAGAGUUUUUGACAAUCUGUUAAACUAGGUUGUAUGAUUGCAUUCAGAAUAUAUGAAGUUUCUUGGGUAGACAAAAGAAAUACUGAAAGUAUCAUCUAGAAAAAAUAGUCCUCAGGAUUUGUUAUCUCUGGAGUGAAAAAGGAAGAAAAACUGUAUACACAAGACAAACAUACAUGCACACAGCAAAUGUUUAGACACACACAUAAACUUAAAAUUGAUUAGUACUUUAACUGUAGUGAAAUUGUUCUUAAAUUUACAUUUUUCCUCCCACAAAGGAGCUAUUUCUAUGUAAAUAAGAAUUCAAUACCAGAGAAUAAAUGUCCAGUAGUCUUAUAAAUGAUUUAGAUAGCUAACAAAUUGACAACAAAAUUUGAUAUUUGACUUGACUGAAUUGUUUCUUCAGAUGAAGCUUAGUUUUUCUGCAUGAAUGUUUUCUGUAGUUUUAUAAAGAUCGUUUAGAAAAAUUCAAGUUUUAGAGAUUUGCUUUUUUUGUUACAUUGUUGUUUCUGACUUUUUCUUGUAAAAUUUGGAAGACAGAAGCAGAGCAGUGUUCUGAACAAAUGUAUAGUGUUAAGUUCAGCCUCCCAGCUUAAUCAUUCUAACAUGAUUACUUUGUGAUUUGGGCUGAUUGUACUGGGGGUGCUGUACUUUAUAUACAUCGGGAGCUGGGUGAUCUGCCUCAAAGGACAUGAUCUGAGCAAGCAAGAGGUACUGUCUUCUGCAUCAAAUCAGAAUAGAAUACUGUUUCAGCAUUGACUCAAGUACAGGACCAACUUCAGAUUCCCUGUAACACUUUCUGGCAGUACUAAAGUCAUCUUCGGCUUCAAUAUUAAGGAGAUACCUAUUGAUUGAGAAUUGUAUGGGAGAAAUUUUGGUAGGAUUUUACCAACAAAUGGAAUACAGGAGUCCUGUAUAAUGAGUGAUUUAGAAUAGGUAUUUUCCAGGAAUAAUUGUCUACCUGAAGAAAAGUGUGUGUGUGCGUGCGUGCGUGCGUGUGUCUAGCCCUAUGUCUGUCUGGGAAAUUGUCAGAGUGUAGUUCAGCAACAACUUUAUCUUUAUUGAUUACUUCUUAACAUAACCCAAGAACCAAUGCAAAAGGAAUUGGCUUCCAGGGCUCUGAACUGUACUUACUGCCAACACAGGUGUAGAUUCAUUUUUCAUGUUCUUUAUGAUUUCUGCUUUGACAGAAAUUUUUAUACUUUCUAUUUUUUUAAUGAUUUAGUUUUUUAUUACUUAAAAUGGCAUAUUGAGUACUCUUAGAAGAUAAGUAGAAAUUUUGUGUAUGGAAUAAGCAAGAAAUGGCAUCCUGACCAUUUCUUUAUUAGUAAGAUUGAAUGUGUAUUUUUGAGUACCUGUGUUUCCUCUGUAUUCUAAUGUUCAUGUCCUUUGUCCUUGUGAUACCUAUUGGAAUUGUUUUGUUUUUCAUAUCAAGUUAUAGGAGCUCUUGACAUAAUAAAUAUGAUUUAACUGAUAAA